AAGGACCAAUGUGGUAGAGGCAGCCAGCUUCUCUUCUAUCUCUCUGGUCUCAGUGAUAGUUAAUGAGAUUAGCUGUUCGUCUUGGCCUGCGUCAGUGCAAAGGGGUCAAUCACAGGAUUAGCACCUUGCUUAAGAGUUGCAUUAAUUUAUUACACUUUUUUCUUCAUUACUUUGACUUCCCCACUUCUGGCUCUUUUGUGGGACAUUUUUUUUCAGCCACCAAAGCAUGUUCAGCACCCGUUGCUGCAAUUUAGUCAUUGGAGUGGAGUAUUGCCGUGCAUCAUGCGGCUUUGGGACUGAGUCCGUCUCAACCCUCAGCCAUUGAAUGAAGCAUCUUCCAGGAGGGGAAGAAGAGGAGCUGGGGCAGCCAGAGAAGUGAAGGGCAGCUGGGCCAAAAUCUCGCCUGCUGUGGCAGAGUCUGAGACUCUGGACAAGUCAUCCUCAUGCCACUUGUAAAUAACAAAGUAGGCGAUGAUUGCACAGUUGGCAUAGACAAGGAUUUGGAUGAUGGGAAGGCUCUGGUAGAUUCUUUGAUAAAGGUUGUAGCAUGUUACCGGCACUUGGCCUCAUGUGUCGGCGGUUGCACAGACAGCUUGCAGCUGCGGGAUGAGUUGCGACAAACACGAGAAAAGGCCCAAACGUUGGCCGUGGCCAUCUGCAGUCAUCUGACCUCACACCUCCGAAACAAGAGCCUGCCUGAGGGGCAGCGCAAGGAGAUGGAGCUCCUCUGGGUGGCUUUCUCCUCCAGCCUAGAGCUCCUCCAUAUUGACAUGUGCAAAGUUUUCUAUGUGGGUGACAUCUUCUCUCUGGCCAACACUGAUUCCCUGGUGCAAACAGGCCUACAAGGAGGAGGCAGUGAGGUAGCAGCCCGGGCACUCAGUGUGCCAGAACUGAACCAAGCCCAGAGCCAGACCCUCCCUGAAGGGCUAGAAAGCCAGGAGCGCUGCAUCAUGGAGCAGGAGAUCAGCCAAAUCGACCACAUGAUCGACGACAUGGAGAUGAAAGUCAACGUGAUGCGCUGGAUGGUGGAGCCCCACGGGCCACAGUACGCAGAGCCAUUCAGCAGCACCGACAGCGCCUCCCUGGCUCUGCACUCAGUGGAUGAGGAGCAGCCUGGACAACAGCCUCUAUGCCAGCGCAGUCAAAUCUUUGUGCUCUUAUUGCUGUCUGCUGUUGUUUUGGUGGCAUCCACUUUAUCUGUCUGUAUUGUCCUUUUCUCAUGAGCAAAACCUUAAUACACUUUUUUUCUGUGAAACCUCAGCAGUGCUCAGUAACACUGACAACAACAACUACUGCAAGUACAGUAGUUUUCUCUUAAAACUCAUUCAAAAAAAGGUUACAUAUUGUCAUAGCAGCUGUAUGAUCUACUAUAGUGCAUAAAAUAAUCAGUCUAAAAAUACACUAAAAUAAAUCUGGAUGCCAUUUAUUGUAGUGAAUCCAAAGCUGCCAUAUACUUGAAACUAUCUUUGUUGAUCAAAGUUACAAUAAAAAGACAUGGCUGCCAGUUAGAACUGGUUUAAAAUAAAAUUAUGACAAUAUAGGACCGGUGGUUUAUUACCAAAUUGUAAAAAGAUAGGGCUUCUAUUUCCUUUUGUUCUGUACAGUACAUUCUCCUUUCCUAAAAGACACUUGUCACAAUGUAUUCCUUGUUGCCAUUGAGAAGAAAUAGGGGCUGAUGCUUGUAUCGUAUAUGCUGUAGUUUAAAUACUGUAAUAAGCAGAACAUUCACGGAAGCUGUUUUUUGAUUCGGUGUUAUCUAUUGUGUAUAUAAUCUGUGCUGUAGAGACCUGACAAUGUAUAGUUAUGCAUUACAAAAGUAUCAACUUUGAUAUGACACUGUGUUGUUUUCCAUUCAUUUUUAUUGACUAGCCCUUUGGUAAAGCACCAAAUCAUUAUAUGCAAAGCAACAGGAAAUGUACAGAAUUGAAAUAGUAUUAAACUACUCAUUCUACUAUU